GCCAGUGCUCUGAAUGUCAACGUGAAGAGAGGACGCGCUGUUACGUGCUCUCCGAAAAGUUUAAAAUUCAUCGAGAAUAGUGGUUGGGGGGUUCGCAAACCCCCUAUUUUUGUUAAAAGUGAUACCUCCGCUGCUGUUCGGUAGUGAGUGCUGGCCGGCAAGAUAAGCAAGAUAUUUCGCAGUAGUGCGGUGCACGUGUAAUUUAAACUCUUACGCGCGCGACUUGCGGAAAGUAAGUGCACAACUCUCCGCCGUCUUCUACAUUUAAUCCGACAAGCCUUGUCGGAUUCACGUGUAACCGCACAUCGCAAAUUAUCCGCCGUUUGACCUUUAGGUCAAAUUCCAUCACCAUAUCUAUACCUGCAUAAAUAGAUAUCGACCGGCCAACAGAACAAUAACACCGAGAUGCACAAGAAGAGUACCGCCCACCAACGACGCGCAGGGGCCGGCUCGUCGAAAAAAUAUGGAUACUGUUGAAGGCACUCCGGAGCAAAAUUGGGCUGGAAUAUUCCUAAACAAUACAAACGUAACCAUUGUUGAUAAAAUAACUAGGUAAAGAAAUAAUUCUGUAAAUUUUUUUGUACGUCAAAUCCACUGUGGACCUGGUUCCACUUUCCAAUAAAAGAACUCCAGUCAGAACCCGAAAAAGAAAAGUUGCGAACUCUAUUAUUCUUACCGAAGGUCCAUAUAGGAAUGAAUUACUUUUCAAAAAAAAAGGAAGCUGGGAAAAUUGUUCUCAAGAGACCUUUGGGUUCCAAAAAAGAAACCCCAUAAGGAAGAUGAUACAGUGAGUGCAUAUUCUGCUGAUGCGAAUUGUUUUUGAAAACAGGCGGCGUUUGAAUUUGAUUGUAUGACGAAGUUGGGCGCAUGAAGAAUGUGCAGGCACCAUUAAAAAAUGAACACGAAGUGUCUGUACAUCCAUUUAGUGAAAAAAUGUCGACUUCACUGUAUGAUUAUCUCUUCGUUGAACUUGCGGAUCCUCGGGUAAAUGACUGGCCUUUCAUGUCAAAUCCCUGGAAGAUUUGUGGACUAAUUGGUUUUUACCUGUAUAUGAUUUAUGUAUAUUUACCCUCGUACAUGGCUGAUAAAAAACCAUACAGUUUAAAGGGAAUUAUUGCCGUGUACAAUGUUUUCCAAGUUUUUGCGUGUUCCACAAUUAUAUACGGGAUGGCUACAUCAGGAUGGACCACCCAUUAUCGCAUAAUCGGUUGCGAGCCUGUCGAUUUUUCUGAAAGUGAAAUGGCGGUCCGCAUGGCAAAGUUUAUGUGGUGGAAUAUGAUGUUAAAGAUCGUGGAUUUGUUUGAAACGGUUUUAUUUGUGCUUCGAAAAAAAUUCACCCAAGUUUCCUUCCUGCAUGUGUACCACCAUGUUUCAACUUUAACAAUGGCUUGGCUGGUCUGCAAAUAUUUCCCAGGCGGAUUACUUACCUUCACGCCGAUGAUUAACAGCCUAGUGCAUAUUUUUAUGUACACAUAUUAUUUUUUGGCAGCGAUGUCGCCGGGUCCACAACUGCAGAAGACUUUAACAUGGAUCAAGCCCAAAUUAACAAUGGUUCAGCUUGUACAAUUAGUUAUUAUAAUAGUGCAAAAUAUGCAACUGUUCCUUCCAGGAUGUGGCAUUCACAAUGUCGUUGGUUUCAUAUUUUUGCCAAAUGUUUGUGUUAAUGUCAUAUUUUUUCUUAAUUUCUAUACCAAAAGCUACAGAAACAAGAACGUAUCAAAAACUAACUGAACUAUAUGUAAAGUAAAGCAUUUCACCAAGUUUAAUGCAAAAUAAGUAACUUUAGAGUUACGAACUUAAUUUCAUUACCUAUAUCUAAUUUUAGGGUGUAUCUAAAUGUAGACAUUUAGGAAAAAUAUAGAACGAUUCAUU